AUGACACCUCUGCUCACAUCCACCUUUUUUCCAAGAGAACAUGAGUUCAACGCAGCCGUGAGAUACCAAAUCACGCUUGGAACACUCGAUCUAUGCAUGACCACCUGUUACGAAGAGAGUGACUGCACCUUCGUCAAAUACGAUGAGGGUGCAUGCACGAUCUACGUCGAUGGGACUGACGUGCAACCACCCAGUGAUAGAGUGUUUGAAAUAAAUCGCAGCCUAGCAGAUUCCACAUGUGAAUGCAAGAUACCGACACCAAAAGAAGUGGCGGUCAAGAGGAUUGCAGCCAAGCCCAGCGAUAACAGCAAGUCAUGCCGUGGAUUCCCAGAUGCUCUUACUAGUGUUUAUAUAUACAUAAAUGAGCAUAACAACUUUUUCUAUUCAACUGACUCUUCCGGAUUCCUUCCAAGAGGAGCAGGACCCAGUUAUAACGCAGAGGGCGGAGGCGAAGAAUGGCCAGACGAGGUGACAGGAUCUCAAGAUGGACGACAGAUGGGUGCACAACAAGGCCAACACCGCCUACAUUUCGCGACGGAAGCUUCUCUCCACGAAUUCGUCAUUCGACUAGUGUACCGUCAUUCAUCUGUCCUAGGCUUCCGAUUCCGAGAAGUCGGAAUGUCUUAUAUGUCAAAUUCCUCCUCAGCUUGGGAGACUCUGCCGGAGGGCGAACCUCCGCUGUACAUCGCAGUUCAACGCCCAGAGUCACCUCCACGCCACUAUGAAGCGAUGACACCUAUGCUCACGUCCACCUUUUUUCCAAGAGAACAUGAGUUCAAAGCAGCUGAAAAAUACCAAAUUACGCUUGGAACACUCGAUCUAUGUAUGACCGCCUGCUACAAAGAGAAUGACUGCACUUUCGUCAAAUACGAAGAGGCUAGGGGCGCAUGCACAAUCUACAUCGAUGGGACUGACGUGCAGCCACCCAGUGAUACAGUGUAUGAAAUAAAUCGCAACCUAACAGAUUCCUCAUGUGAAUGCAAGAUACCGACACCAACAGAAGUGACGUUCAAGAGCAUUGAAGCCAAGCCCACCGACAGCAGCAAGUCGUGCAAUGGAAUCCCAGAUGCAGUGACUGCUGUUUAUGUAUAUUUCAAAGGGGAUUUGCGCCUCUAUUCGACUGACCCUUCCGAAUUGAUUCGAGGAGAGCCCGUUUUGAAGUGA